AUGUCAGAGGAUAAAGAGAGGCAUCUCAGUUCAGUCCACAUGAGAAUCAUGCAGGAGUCUAAAGACAGGCCAGAAACUCUCUUAAGCUUUGUGGAUGACAUCCUGUCUGGGGCCAGGUCUCCGUGUGUUAUGCUAGGGGACAUCCCAAACCUACUAUCUUCCUCCAUCAGUCUUAUAAUUCGCUGCUUGGAGCCCGACACCACAUACAUGUUCCGUCUGUGGGCUGUAGACAAUACAGGACGGCGCUCCAGUCCAAGUGAGGUCACCAUCAAAACUCCAUGUCCAACUGUGGAUGAUGUCAAGGCACAGGAAAUUGCAGAUAAGAUCUACAACCUGUUCAAUGGCUACACAAGUGGGAAAGAACAGCAGACUGCCUACAACACUCUCAUGGACCUGGGUGCUCCAACACUGCAUCGUGUUCUUUACCAUUACAACCACCGCUAUGAGAGCUUCGGUGAAUUCACCUGGAGAUGUGAGGACGAGCUUGGGCCAAGGAAAGCGGGGCUCAUCCUCUCCCAGCUUGACGAGCUUUCUCUGUGGUGUAAAGGUCUCCUGCAGGAGCCCAAGAUCGGCCUUCGCAGGAUGUCUCUCAAGUUCCUGUCCUGCCGUUACACCGACACCAAAGCCUUUGGUCUCAACUGGUCAGAGAUGGGGCAGGAUGUGCACAAGGCCUGUGACGAACAGACGCUCACUGUCAUGUAUAACGACUAUGGUGAGCCCAAGGAGCUCUAGGUCUGACUUUCAGUUUGGUUUAGCUUUUGGCUCCCUCCCCCCAAAUUACAGGUUUCACAUAACUGGUCAUGUAGCUGUGUGUUGGUAUUUAUUUCUUUUUUCUGCAGAUAACAAAAUGACAUCACACCAGUAAAUAAAGUGUUUCAAAAAAAUAAUAUCAUCUGACUAUAAAAGCAUGGCCCAUACUUCUUAGGGAAUUUAAGGCCGCCUCAGCUUGUCUGCAUUGUUGGCUGUGGUCAGAUGCUUCUGAUGGACUUUUCUCCAAAUUCUCUUUAAGCUGCCCGUGUCCCUGCUGUUCUUUGUUGAUCAUCUUUCACUCAACAUUCCCAUAUUGGAUACAGCACUCUCUGAACAGCCAGCUUCCUACUGGGCAAUCUUUAAGCUAGCAGUUUCGCCCAUAAUAAUACCCAUAAAAGAACACUUCUGUUUAAAGCAUUUUUUUAUAGUGUUACUAAAAAAUUAUGAUGACAUUUUCUUAGGAACUGCAUAUUGGUAUUUUAUUAUCCUUAAACCAUAAUAAUCACAACAACAGAAAAAUACCUUUAUAUCAAUAUAUAACUCACAAAAAUAUAAUGUACAAGUUUACUUUUUACAAAAGAGUUACUAAUAUGGAUAACCUUUUUGAUCAUAGCUUAAUUCAUUGAAACUGACCUGAAGUCUACCUGAAAAUAACUUUUUUGUUGUUUGUUGUGUGGAGUUUAGCAGUUAAAAAAAAAAGUUUACGCUGUAAAUAACAUUAUCAUGACGUUGUAGCUACAAUAUAUAAACUGAAUGUAGUGUUGAUACUUUGCAUUUAGAAACGUGAUUGAUAUAAACGAUUUGUUUGAAUUAAAAUCACCCAAGACAUACUGACUUACUUCUGUUAUAGCUUUUAAAUACUUUUAAACAGUAUUUUCAGAAUCAUUUUAACAUUUAAGUAUAUUUCAAACAGUUUAACCAGCAGUAAUUCUGUUCCAAAGCUGCAAAACAAAAGUGUCUUAAUAUUUACAAAAAAAAAAAGAUUUGUUUUUCGUUUAAAUGUAAUAAUUUGUGCUGGAAAAACAUGUCAUUUGUGUUUGAAACAGAAUUAUUUUGAACUUCUCAGACUUCAUUUGCAAUGUUGAUCAUUCUGAGGGACACAUUGAUGAAUGAAUUUUAUUUUCCUUAACAGAUCUAAAAUGUGAAUACUAAAAAAGUGUAGAUUUUGUGUAUAGACAGUAUUACAUAUUGUCAUCACAUUCUAAUCUUUUAUUCUGUAAAUACAAUGUUCUCCUGGUGAUAUUUUUCAGCCUUGACUAGUGCUUUGGUAAAGAUGAUCUUGUACCAUCAUACAAGCUGUAUAUUGUAGCUUUAAGCACUGAUUUUAUUCUUCAUGUGGGUGAUCUGAUUGUAACUUUAUAACACUGACUUUUGGAGCAGUUUAGGUUGAGAUAAAGGGUAACAAGUCUGAAAUCAGUUAUCUUUACAUUUUUUUUCCCAUCUGCAUGAAAUGCUGUUUAUAAUACUCUAUUGUGUGGCAUCAUAAACUCAGAUUCUCACAUUCAUCCUUGCUUCUUUCAGAAGGAUUUAAGAGGGUAGUUCACUAAUGGCUUGUCUAUUAAAUGUUUUAUUUGUGCUCUUGUUUUACUGUUGGUUUUCCAUGGCAGUACUGAGACUGGCAUUACUAAUUGUUAUUGUAGUUCUGGUCUCGGUGCUCAGACUGCUGUCCAAAUGUUUUAUUGAAAUAAAA